AUGUAUCAACAACGUGUAAUUAAUCAAUGUUCUAGGUCAACAACUACUAGUUCCCUCUCAAGGAAAUGGUUAACCACUACCACGACCACAAAACAACUUAAAUAUACUUAUCCAUAUAUAAGCAAACCAAACUUUACUUCUAACAAGGUGUAUUCCUCCACUUCUCCUCUUGCUUUACUACAACUCCGGAAUCUUUCUUCUACUAUUCCUAAACUUGACUUAUUUUCUCCACUGGAUACUUUUCCUCGUAGGCACAAUGGUUCUUCUGAAACAGAAAUAAAAUCUAUGCUUGAUACUGUUGGUGUUAAAAAUAUGGAUGAUUUGGUUUCAAAAACUGUUCCGGAAAACGUCAAGUCAGAAAAUCUUUUAAAUUUACAACAAAAAGGAUUAUCGGAAACCCAAUUGCUUAAAUACUUAAAAUCAAUUGCAUCAAAAAACAAAAUCUAUAAAUCUUAUAUUGGAAUGGGUUAUACUGAUGUUAUUGUUCCUCCAGUAAUUCUUAGGAAUAUUUUAGAGUCACCUGGAUGGUAUACACAAUAUACUCCCUAUCAACCGGAAAUAUCUCAAGGUCGGCUUGAAUCAUUAUUGAACUUUCAAACUAUGGUGACGGAUUUAACGGGUAUGGAUAUUGCAAAUGCAUCUCUACUUGAUGAAGGAACUGCUGCUGCUGAAGCCAUGUUAAUAACAUGUGCUGCUACCAAACAAAAACAUAGCACUUUCUUUAUUGAUGAAAAUUGUCAUCCACAAACAAUUGCAUGUGUUCAAACAAGAGCAGAAUGCUUUGGUAUUAAUAUAAUAAUCGGUGAUGCAUUAAAUUAUGAUUUCACUCAACAAAAAGAUUUAUCUGGAAUAUUAAUUCAAGCAACUGGAUCAAUCAAUGACUAUUCCUCUCUUGCUGAUACAAUUCACUCACUGGGUGCCCAAGUUGUCUGUGCAACAGAUUUGAUGGCUCUUGCUUUACUCAAACCUCCUGGUGAAUGGGGUGCUGAUAUUGCAGUAGGCAACAGUCAGCGAUUUGGCGUUCCGUUGGGUUAUGGUGGUCCACAUGCUGCUUUUUUUGCUUGUCGGGAUAAGAAUAAACGUAGAAUGCCUGGUAGAUUGAUCGGCGUAUCUAAAGACUCAUCCGGUAAUAAAGCAUAUAGAUUGACUUUACAAACUAGAGAACAACAUAUUAGACGUGAAAAGGCAACAAGUAAUAUUUGUACUGCUCAAGCAUUAUUGGCUAAUAUGGCCGCCAUGUAUGCUAUUUAUCAUGGACCUAAAGGAAUACUUGAUAUUGCAGAACGUAUUCAUUAUUUGACAACUACCCUUGCUGAUCAGCUUUCAAAAAUUGGUUAUACCAUCAAAACAAAACAUUAUUUUGACACUUUGAAUAUACAUGUUGAUAAUGGAUCUGAUUCCAUUAUUCAAAAAGGAUUAGAUGCUCAUAUAAAUCUUAGAAAGGUUGAUGACAAAACAGUUGGCAUUACUUUGGAUGAAGCUGUUACCAAAGAAGAUUUAGAAAAUUUGAUCAAAAUAUUUGCUGUAUAUGAAAAUAAGGUUCCGAAAACUCCAGACUUGUCUGAAAACACAAAUUCCACCAUCCCGAAACAAUUAAUAAGGACAUCAUCAUUUUUACAACAUGAAAUUUUCAAUUCCUAUCAUUCGGAAACUGAGAUGUUACGCUACAUUUAUCAUCUGCAAUCAAAGGAUCUUUCUCUGGCUCAUUCAAUGAUUCCAUUGGGUAGUUGUACUAUGAAACUUAAUGCAACAACAGAAAUGAUUCCAAUAACUUGGCCUGAAUUUACAAAUAUUCACCCAUUUGCUCCAAUAGAUCAGACCGAAGGGUAUAGAAUUUUAAUUAAUGAACUUGAGAAUGACCUUGCCUCAUUGACAGGAUUUGACGGUGUUUCAUUACAACCUAAUUCUGGAGCACAAGGAGAAUAUACCGGUCUGCGUGUAAUUGAUGCAUAUCAUAAAUCAAAUGGUCAAAAUCGACGUAAUAUUUGUCUUAUCCCUGUAUCAGCUCAUGGAACAAAUCCAGCAUCAGCAGCUAUGGCAGGAAUGGAAGUUGUACCAAUUAAAUGUGAAAUUAAUGGUGAUCUUAAUAUUAAAGAUUUAGAAGAAAAGGCAUUAAAAUAUAAAGAUAAUUUAUCAGCAUUUAUGGUAACCUAUCCAUCAACAUUUGGGGUUUUUGAAGAUACCGUUGUUGAGGCGUGUGACAUUAUUCACAAGCAUGGUGGUCAAGUUUAUAUGGAUGGUGCUAAUUUAAAUGCACAAAUUGGAUUAUGCAAACCAGCUGAUAUAGGAGGUGGUCCUGGUGUUGGUCCUAUUGGAGUAAAAUCACAUUUGGUCCCUUUCUUACCUGGGCAUCCUAUAAUAAAAACUGGCGGUGAGAAGUGUAUUGGACCAGUAUCAGCAGCUCCUUUUGGAUCAGCUGAUAUUCUCCCUAUAUCUUGGGCAUAUAUUAAAAUGAUGGGCGGAGAAGGAUUGAAAUUGGCAACCGAACUUGCUCUUUUAAAUGCAAAUUAUAUGGCACGUAGAUUAUCAAACCAUUAUAAAAUAUUGUUCACCAAUAAAAAUGGAAUGUGUGCGCAUGAAUUUAUAAUUGAUAUUAGACCUUUUGAAAAAACUGCUGGUAUUCAAGCUAUCGAUAUUGCAAAGCGUCUUCAGGAUUAUGGCUUUCAUUCUCCAACAAUGUCAUGGCCAGUACCAAAUACCCUCAUGAUCGAACCAACGGAAUCUGAAUCAAAAGCAGAAUUAGAUCGGUUUUGUGAUGCAAUGAUUGCAAUAAGAGAAGAGAUAAAUGAAAUUGAGAAAGGGAAACAACCAAAAGGAGAUAAUACCUUGACCAAUUCACCACAUACCAUUGAAACUUUAGUUAAAUCAACAUGGGAUAAGGCUUAUUCAAGAGAACAAGCUGUAUACCCAAUUAAAUAUUUAAAACAAAAGAAAUUUUGGCCAACUGUAGGAAGACUUGAUGAUGCUUAUGGCGAUAGAAAUUUAAUGUGCUCUUGCCCUCCAAUUGAAGAUUAUGGAUUUAUAUUUCAAUAG